AUGCCGCACGGCACGGAGAUUCCCAUGGAAACUCCCACUGCGACGGGCAGCAAAACACGGACGGUCCCUCCCGAGAAGAUGGCGAGCGCCCCGCGGUCAGCGACAACUCCCGCCUCCGGUGCGUCUUCGGCUGUUUCCUCUCUCGACUCUUCUCUGCACGAGACGUCGCCUUCUCGAAUUUCCACGGCGCAUUCUCGAAGUCGGCAUUUCUCAGUGCAAAUUUCUCCGCUGUCGGAGGCGUCUCCCGACAAAGACAGACAGGGCGAUGGGAGGUCGGUUUUGCCACGCACCUUGGGAGAAACGCCCUUAGAAGCCGAGAGCGAUUCUUCCGGAGAAACUCUGGAGCCGAAAGACGAGGAACGGAGAAACACGCGAAAACCUCGCCGAGGAAGCGCGACCGGAGAAGCGGUGCUCGAUGAAAUUUCUUCGUCUCUUUGCGAAGACGCCGUUUCUCCGCAGCACGUUUCAGCCGAUGCAGAGAGUGGGUCGGCUUCUCCCGCCGGGUCCAAACGCGGAAGAGGAAAUCCAGCCUUGUCAGAGGCCACAGAGACGCCUGAAAGCCGCCAGCAAGAAGGCGCGUGUGGGAAUAUGGAUAUGGAGGGAAAAGAUGGGACUACGUCGCCCGAAACACUCCAGUCGGACAGUCCAUCCGCCGCCGCGACUCCGAACCAGAUGUCUGGAGGUAGCGUAAGCGAGGGAGGAAAGACUCGGGAUGCCCAGGCCGAUUUGACUGUUUCUGAAAAAGCAAUGACACCGAAUCGCUUUCGAUCGCCGUCACCCGGUCCUCCGGCUCACGGAGACGCAGGCGGUUCCAGUGUACAUGCAGCCAACUCAGGUCGCUCUUCGCCGAGACACGGCCCCGGCUCCGCGAAGCAAGAGGGCGGAGUCGCGGUGAAGAUGGAAAACGAAGUGCAGGAGGAUGAGGCGAGCUGCAGUCUGUCUUCGGACACGAGACCCGUGUCGCCUUCGCUCCAUUCUGCCGCUGCAUCGGCCUGUUCCUCUCCUCUCAUGGGGUAUCAGGCUCGCGCGCGGCGCGCCUGCCGGCGACCGGAAGCGUCGCCGCCGACUCUCAGCCCGUCGGGCGGCAGCUCUCGGGAGCCGUCCAGUCCUGGCGAGGCCGACCUCGUGAGUCAGUCCUACGUGGGCUCCGCAUCUGCCCCACCCGAUGGCGAGAAGCCGAAAGUCGCGCGUCCGAUUGCGGCGGGAGACAAGCCGGGGGAGCCUGGCCGGCCGGGCGUGGCAAAGGGCGGCCGGAGUGUGGAGGCGGGCAAGGAGAAACGUGCCAACGGCGUGUCUUCUGGAUCGCUCGAGGGGAGUCCGGCUGCCGACUCCCCUGCAGGCGAAAACGGCGUCUCAAAAGGAGAGCCCGCGGCAGACACACACAAAAAAGCCGUGUGUGAUGGGGACGACGGCGACGGCUCCAAAGGCCCUGUCCUCGCUGAAAAUCUCUCGCUCUCUGCAGAGGGCGUGCGCGGGAAGGUGGCCGACCACGUCAACGGAGUCGCUGACGGGCUGCUCCCGAACGCCAAGCGGAGGCGACACGGAUCCAGGAACGCUCGGCAGAGCCCGUCAGCAACGUCGACUUCCCCUUCGUCGGCUCACCUCGGCGCCACGAAAGCGGAGGCUGCGUGUUCGCACACGAGCGCACCCGCGAGUGAGCGCCUCGCCUGGCCCCCCGAGGCGUCUGCAGCCAACCCGGCGGAGAAGGAGCAAGAAGACGGGAGGCCCCAGGCGACGACAAACCGUGAUGCGUCGGCCGCACACACCGACGGAGUCAGCACUGGCGUGGCGCCGGCGGCCGCGUCUGUGGCCGGUGGACCUUCCGGGCCCCCUUCUGUCUCGUCUCUCUCUGCUGGGUCGCGUCCCACUCGAGAAGGCGCCGCGACUGCCGUCUAUUCGGGGUCGGGCAUGAGCACUCGAAAGCGGCGAGCCCAAAGCGCGGCAGCUGCCGCUGGCGCGGCGGCCGGUGAGACCUGUGAGGGCUCGUCUCCCGGCGGCGAGAAAGGCGGCGGGUCGGCCGUACGCGAUGGAGCAGAUCCGACCAGUCCCGGUCAAGUGUGUGUGGACGCGAAGGCGUCCUCGAAGAAAGUCUCGGGCCAUGUGGCUGGCGGGAGUGCAGAGAAAGGCAGUGCAGGCGUGGGGGGCGUGGCAGCGUCCUCGAGUCUCGGCGGGACGGGGUGGAGCAGUGGCGACCCGACGGCGUCGCUUGGGGCCAUCUCAGACCCUGGGGCAGCGGCGCGCUUCUCAGCUCGGCUUCGCCAGCGACCAGGAGAUACACGAGCGGCGCUGGCCGCACGGGCUUACCACGUCCUGCCGGUGCCUUCUCCGUACGUGAACAACAAGGUCCGGUGUUGCUGCUGCGGAUCUGGCGUCGGCUCUUCCACGGUUCUCUUGGGGGGUUCGGGGCUCGGGCCCGAAGAGCCGUCUCUGGCGGCGCAUGGAGCGGGGACUUUCGCGGGGGGUGCGGGGCCCGAAGGACCAGCGGUCGGAGACCCGAGCGCGUCGUCCAGUCAAGCAGUUCCUCCAGACGGCGUCCUCAUUCUGCCGCGACGUAUCUCUGCAAGUGCGUAUAACAACCUCGAGAUUCGCGCGCGCUACGACAUCUGCCAAAGACGGAUACGGAAAGUCGAGGCGUGGCUUCAGAUGAUCGAGGAAUGGUAUUUCGGCGCGGCGGCGCCAAGGUGGCAGAGCCUGCACCAGCAAACCGUUCAGCAAGAGCUCGUCGCGGCUGUGAAUUCGACUAAGCGAAGUCGACGAAUCGAGGCUGUCAGGGGAGGCGGAGACGCCUCGGCGGGUCUCGUCGAGGCCCCCGCCCCCAUGUCUCCUCCUCCCUGGGCCGGCUCUGGAAGUUCAGGGACAGGCAAAGGUUCGACGGACUGCGGGAAGUUUGGAAGUGGGGGUACGUCGGGUGGGAGCAGUAGUGGCAUCUACGGGAUCUACUCCGAUGGAGGAGGCGCUUUAGGGGCAAGUGGCGGAGCGAGCGGGGCGGGCUCUUUGUCUUCAAGAGGGUCGACCUCGAACAACUCAGCUGAUUCCGGCAAUGUUGGGGUAGUCCGAGAGGGGCGUGUGAACCCAGAGGGAGGCCUGUCAACCACAGACAGCGUCAUCUACGCCCUCAUUGUCAGCAACAAUGUUGGGCGGAGUACAGCCGCAGGUGUCUUCGGAGGAACCCAUGGGAUGGGAGGCGGGGGCGGAACUGGCGGAGACUCCGGGCGGGGAGACAGCAGGGAUUCUGGUGCUUCGAGUGCAACAGGAACCACGGGUGGAGGGGGACGGAAAGGUGAUGGCGGGUCUUCGCAUGCAGCAAAGAAUGCAACUGGCGGAGGGAAAGGAAGCCGAGGCGGAGGGGGGGGAGCGGCUGCAGCGCCACGGCUCGGAGCGGUAAAGUUAACGCCGUUAGAGCUCCUCACGUCGCCGUUAAGGAAGGACAAUGUAAUUGAUCUCUGGGGACCGAAAGAAGUGGCGCUUUUCGAGGCGGGUAUCUGUAAAUACGGCAAAGAUUUCAGCGCUCUUCAGAGGCUCAUUCAGACCAAAACAACGUGCGAGAUUGUCGACUUCUAUUAUCUGUGGAAACAAACGAACCGCUAUCUGGCGUGGAAGCAACACCGGCACCUGUCCAAGACAAUUCUUCACUCUGUGUUUGGAUAA